AAGGAGCGAAUUUUGUGAGCCGGAAGCAAUCAGCUUAUGAGCCUCUGUGCGGGCUGCCGAACAAAGGCACUCUUGGGGAGGUCCCGGAAUACAGACGAAUACAGACUAUGCCUAGAGCAAGGACAGCUUGAAACCUGAACUGCCGCUUGGGAUCAUCGCAGAGGCCGCAGCCGCCUGCAUGGCUUUCCUAUGCAGAGUCCCCUUCAGAUGGGGUUGGCAAGCCCCCCCUAACCCAUGAAAAAGUGAUCGGGCAUCAGCUAGUGGUGUGCGUGGCAUCCCAAGUCGCUGUGUGUACUUGAGGUAUCUUCCCGAAGAACCGCACUUACAGGUUGCCAGUCGAGGGCGGCCACCAUGUGAAGCAGCUCCUGGGACUGUGGCGGUCCCCUGCCUCCCACACACACACCCAGGGCCAGCCGAUUCGCUUCCGCAGCCGGGAGAUGCCUCACGGCACAUGAGCCCCCCUCCUCCCGAGCACUCUCCUGAGCCGCCAGAGGGGAAGCGGAGGAGGAGGAGGAGGAAGGCGCGCCGCGCAGAGGAGCCAUGGGACUGAAGGCCAUGGUGACCUGAGCUAAAUGGCCAGCCGCUGGGCUCCUGGUCUCGUAGCCGCUUGCUUCCGCUUUGCCCCUCUCUGCGGCUCCCGCUCCUUCUCCGUGAGCUGCCCCUGGCUCUUCCGGUGGUGGCGCUGGAGGCACCGGAGGCAGCUUGGUGGGUGCCCAGCGUGAGGAGGGGUGAGCCGCCCGCCGCACCAUGAUUCAGCUGUGGAAAGUCGUGCGACACGUGCGACAGCUGGAGCUCCACCGCCUGAUCCUGCUGCUCAUUGCCUUCAGCCUGGUCUCCAUGUGCUUCCUGGCUUACUAUGUCACCAACAGCCCCAAGAUCAAGGAGCCGCCCCCCUUGCCCUUCAGCGACUGCAGCAGCCAGCACCGGGCCCUCCUCCCGCCCCAGGCCAGCUGGAGGCUGACCAGAUCCGUGGACAACUCUCACACGGACCCGGUGGUGCUGGUCUUCGUGGAAAGCCUUUAUUCCCAGCUGGGGCAGGAGAUUGUGGCCAUCUUGGAGUCCAGCCGGUUCAAGUACCGGACAGAGAUUGCCCCCGGGAAGGGGGACAUGCCCACUCUGACGGACAAGGACCACGGCCGCUACGCGCUCAUCAUCUACGAGAAUGUCCUCAAGUACGUGAACCUGGAUACCUGGAACAGGGACCUCCUGGACAAGUACUGCGUGGAGUACGGGGUUGGGAUCAUCGGCUUUUUCAAGGCGAACGAGAACAGCCUGCUGAGUGCCCAGCUGAAGGGCUUCCCCCUCUUCCUCCACUCCAACCUGGGACUGCGGGACUAUCACAUCAACCCCAGUGCUCCACUGCUGUACGUGACCCAGGCGAACGAGGUGGAGCAGGGCCCGCUGCCCGGGGACGACUGGACGGUCUUCCAGUCCAACCACACCACCUACGAGCCCGUCCUGAUGGCCAGCACAAAGUCCUCCGAGUCCAUCCCGCACCUGGCCACGCACCGCGCCCUGCACGCGACGGUGGUGCAGGACCUUGGGCUUCAUGACGGCAUCCAGCGGGUCCUCUUUGGCAAUAACCUCAACUUCUGGCUGCACAAGCUCAUCUUUGUGGAUGCCAUCGCUUACUUGACUGGCAAGCGGCUCUGCCUGACCCUGGAUCGUUACGUCCUGGUGGACAUCGAUGAUAUCUUUGUGGGCAAAGAAGGGACGCGCAUGAAAGUGUCCGAUGUAGAGGCUCUGCUGAACACGCAGAACAAGCUGAGAACUUUAGUCCCCAAUUUCACUUUCAACCUGGGAUUCUCUGGGAAAUUCUACCAUACAGGUACCGACGAGGAGGACGAAGGUGACGACAUGCUGCUGAAGCACCGGAAGGAGUUCUGGUGGUUCCCCCACAUGUGGAGCCACAUGCAGCCGCACCUCUUCCACAACGUGACGGUGCUGGCCGAGCAGAUGAAGCUCAACAGGCAGUUUGCUCUGGAGCACGGGAUCCCCACGGACUUGGGCUAUGCAGUCGCCCCCCACCACUCAGGGGUUUAUCCUGUCCACGCGCAGCUCUAUGAGGCGUGGAAGGCGGUCUGGGGCAUCCAGGUCACCAGCACGGAAGAGUACCCCCACCUUCGGCCGGCCCGCUAUCGCCGGGGCUUCACCCAUAAUGGGAUCAUGGUGUUGCCUCGGCAAACUUGUGGCCUCUUCACUCACACCAUCUUCUACAACGAAUAUCCCGGCGGCUCCAAAGAGCUCGACAAGAGCAUCCGUGGCGGGGAACUCUUCCUGACGGUCCUCCUGAACCCCAUCAGCAUCUUCAUGACGCACCUGUCCAACUACGGGAACGACCGCCUGGGGCUGUACACCUUUGAAAGCCUUGUCAAGUUUGUACAGUGCUGGACCAACCUUCGCCUUCAGACGCUGCCCCCCAUUCAGCUGGCCAAGAAGUAUUUUGAAAUAUUUUCACAGGAGAAGAACCCUCUGUGGCAGAACCCCUGUGAUGACAAGCGGCACAAGGACAUCUGGUCCAAGGAGAAGACCUGUGACCGGCUCCCCAAGUUCCUCAUCGUCGGGCCUCAGAAAACAGGCACCACAGCUGUGCAUUUCUUCCUCUCCAUGCAUCCCGCCGUGACCAGUAACUUCCCAAGCCUGUCCACCUAUGAAGAGAUCCAGUUCUUCAAUGGUCCCAAUUACCACAAAGGGAUCGACUGGUACAUGGAAUUCUUCCCCAUCCCCUCCAAUGCCAGCACGGACUUCAUGUUUGAGAAGAGCGCCAAUUACUUUGACGCUGAGGCCGUCCCCAAGCGAAGUGCCGCUCUCCUCCCACGGGCCAAAAUCAUCACUAUCCUGAUCAACCCCGCGGACCGAGCCUACUCCUGGUAUCAGCACCAGCGCGCUCACGACGACCCCAUGGCGCUCAACUACACCUUCUACCAGGUGAUUUCUGCGGGGCCCCAAGCCCCUCUGGAGCUGCACAACCUGCGGAGCCGCUGCCUGACCCCGGGACUGUACGUCACUCACCUGGAGCGAUGGCUGGCCUAUUACCCCUCGGGGCAGAUGCUGAUUGUGGACGGGCAGGAGCUCCGGCACAGCCCCGCCUCGGUCAUGGAGAACGUCCAAAGGUUUCUGGGGGUCACACCACUCUUCAACUACACCCAAGCACUCAAGUUUGAUGAGGCCAAGGGGUUUUGGUGCCAGGUGCUGAACGGCGGGAAGACCAAGUGCCUGGGGAGAAGCAAAGGGAGGAAGUACCCAGAGAUGGACUCCUCGUCCCGCAUGUUCCUGGCGGACUUCUAUCGCGAGCACAACAUCGAACUCUCCAAGCUGCUGAACAAGCUCGGGCAGCCCCUGCCCACCUGGCUGCGAGAGGACCUGCAGAACUCGAGCUGGAGCUGAAGGGGGGGGGGGAGGAUGCCGGACCGGAGCCGCCAGACGCAGGGGUGGGAAACGGCACCCACGGAGGAGCGUGCCCGUGGACUUUGAUGGCGGGGUGGGGGUGCCGAGUGCUGACCAGGCACCUUCAAGUGUUAACGGUUUGCGGGCUUCUGAGACACAAAAGGGACUGUGCAGUUGUCCUCUUCCCCCCCCCACCUCGGUUCCAGGGAGCGCCCCCCAGGAACGCAUGCAGGCUAUCAUCUUUGGAGCAGAAAAGCCUGGGGCGGGGGGGAGGGGGCUCCACAGAGAGGCAAAGGCACUGAGACAUUCCCUGUUCAUGACCAAUUGUGCAGGAUGCCCACAAGCAGAAGUCUGGCUGUUGUGAGCGCAAAGGUCAGGUCGUGGAUGGCAGCCGUGGCUGUUUCAGCAGCUGGGCCUCCCAAGGUGAAGGGAGGAGAAAGCUAGAGAGGAU